AUGUCUGUUACUGGGACCCUGAACCAAUACAUACAAUUCGUGGAGCGAAUGUUUAGGACUUCCCAAGGAAUAAUUCUAUCGCGUUUAUUAUCUUUGCGCGAUGAGCAUGUACUCAAUAGAAAUUUGAGUGGCUCAAGUGAUAUUGCUAGCCUAGUGGAAGGCAACUGUGUUUCUCCGUUAGAUGAAAUAAUAAUCACUCAUAUAUUAUGUGUUAAAGCACUUCAUGCUAAGAACUAUGUCGAAGCUUAUAACCGACAGAGUGAAUGUGUAGCAUGUGUUGUGAAGUUGCUACAAUCACAAAAAGAAGUAAACUGGGGGCUACAAUUAAUGUACACAGUAUGCUUGGAUUUAAGGCUUGUUGCACAAAAAGCUGAUGCUGUUUCAAGUACUCCCCAAACACGUGGUAAGAUCCUGGAAAAGGCUGCCGAGAGUCUUCUCGCCUGCUUCAGAGUUUGUGCAGCCGAUAACCGUGCUUCAGAUGCAGACACUAAAAAACUUGGAAUGCUGAAUCUCGUAAAUCAGCUUCUUAAAAUUUAUUUCCGUAUUGACAAGAUCCAGCUAUGUAAGCCCUUGAUUAGAGCUAUUGAUUCUUCACCUUACAAAGAUCAGUUUCCAAUCGCUCAGCAGGUUACAUAUAGGUACUUUGUUGGACGUAAAGCUAUGUUUGAUUCAGACUAUCGUUCUGCAGACGAAUAUUUGAGUUUCGCAUUUCAAAAAUGUCACAAGGAUAGUAUCAAAAAUAAACAGCGAAUCCUGACUUACUUAGUACCAGUGAAAAUGCUUCUGGGCCUUAUGCCAACUAGACAUGUUCUAGAAAAAUACAACUUAAUGGAAUUUUGGCAACUUGCAUGUGCUGUAAAGGAUGGUAAUCUCAGAGGAAUAGAUGAAGUAAUGGAUGAACACGAUAGCUUUUUCAAAAAUGCGGGUAUUUAUUUAAUUGUAGAAAAAUUGAAGAUUAUUGCUCGUAGAAAUUUGUUUAGAAAAGUCUGUAUUAAUGAGAGACAAAUUCAAGAAGAUCAGUCGAAGGCUCACCAAAUUGAUAUUAAGAAAUUCCAGGCAGCAUUGCAAAUGAUGGGAGAGGGUGAUGUUGAUGCUGAUGAGACUCAAUGUAUCGCAGCUCAUUUGAUUUAUCACAAUAUAAUUAAAGGUUACAUCUCAUAUCAACAUCAAAUGUUAGUAGUGAGUAAGAAAAAUGCAUUUCCACCACUAUCUAGUUUUGAUAUUACAAUAGUUUAA